UACCACGCGAGUGGGAAAAGUGAGACAGAGAGAAAAAUAAAAAGAGAAACAAUAACGAAAACAACAAGUGUAGAUACUGUUCAUUUGUUUGUUCAUUCUCUCUCGCAUAUAGCAGAGAGUCGCGCAAAUAUUGAGCUCCGUUUAUCAUAACAAGAAGAUUACCGUACAUUCGACUAUUUAUUAUUCAUUCGCAUACGUAUACAAUACAAACCACAUAUCCAUAUGUUUUUUUCUUCUUGUAGUUCGUAAUCGAGCGACGGAAUAUUAUUUAACACUUGAGUGCACUACAGAGAAGAGAAGAAAAAAAUAACAACACACAUCGAUGCAAAUAGCACGCAUCGGAUUUCUUUUAAAAAUAAAUACCCUCAUGUUGUUGGGUAUUUGCGAAUUUCGUGUGUGAAACAGCCAACUAGAUGACGACGACGACGAAGAACAUAAUAAAAAUAACAAAAACGUGAAACAAACACACGCACACAUAAAAUAUUCUUCGAAAUAAAUAAAUAAAUAAAUAAAUAAUUGUUUUGCAUGUGCAAGCAUAAAUUCGAUGCUCUUUUUUUAACAUUAAAAAUAUUGUGUAAUAAACUGAAAAGACAAUUCAAUUUGUGUUACAUCGAACAAAAAAAAAUUGUGUGUUGUGAAAACGCCAUAUAGCUAUAUAUUCAUUGCACAUAAAAAAAAUAAAACGCCACACAAACGCUUUGAAUGCAGUGAAUUAAAUUGUUCGUUCAAAGACAUUUUGUGUGCUUUUUUUGCGACAAAAUCGAAAUAUAGAGAUUUCGUUAUAAUCAUUCGUUUAUCAUUUUGACAUCUAACUAAGAUAAAAAAUGCCUUUGGAUAAUACAUAUGCCCAAAAAUUUGCGGAAAAAUCACGGCGAUUAACCAGUUUGGCUGAAGAUUUUCCAACAGACGAUGCUCCAUUUCGGCAACGUCUACAUUCGCUCUUUUCACAAAUCGAAAAAGAAUUUGAAUUAGUAUUCCUAGAAAAUCUAAGCUUGCAAGAGAAAAUUGAUCAACUGGUGGCUGGUGGAAAUCGUGAACCAGGAACUGGUGAUCGAUACAAUCAACAGGAUCUGGUUGAAACCGAUAUUGUAUCAAAUAAAAAUAGUAAAUCAAAAGUUGGACUCAGCACACCCGGUAGCAGUAAAAUAAAAGCCAGUCACAAAUUGAAAGCACAAACUAGUCGUAUCGUAUCAAGUUUUAAGACACAAUCGAUUGUUGGUCCAAAUGUACGUGAAUUUGAUGGGCACAAAGAUGGUGUAUGGCAAGUGGCAACAAAACCGGGCCAUCCAAUUUUGGGCACAGCAUCCGCCGAUCAUUUGGCAUGCAUAUGGAAUGCAAAUACUGGACGAUGUUUGUUACAAUAUCAGGGACAUUCGGGUUCGGUGAAUUCAAUUAAAUUUCAUUUGAGCAAAGAUUUAGUACUUACUGGUAGCGGUGAUUCAACGGCACACAUUUGGCAAGCGGCCGUCAAUUGGGAUGGACCGUCAUCGUCAUCACGUAAAUGCUAUUCAUCCGAAGAAGAAUUAGAAGAUGCUGAAUCGAAUGAUGAUCGUGAUCGUGUUGAUGUAUUACGUACACCGCUAUGUGAAUUUGGCUCAACAACAAAUGUGGGUCAUUCAUCGGUGGUUGUGGCCGCCGAUUGGAUAUUCGAUUCAGAGCAAAUAAUCACCGCCAGCUGGGAUCGCACGGCAAUUUUAUGGGAUAUUGAAACACGAGAACCGUUACAAACAUUAAGCGGUCAUGAUCAUGAAUUAUGUCACGUUAGCUCACAUCCAACACAAAAAUUAGUUGUUACAGCGUCAAGAGAUUCAACAUUUCGAUUAUGGGAUUUUAGAGAUCAAAUACCAGUUGUGUCGGUGUUUCAAGGUCACACUGAAAGCGUAACAUCAACAUUUUUAACCCGAGAUGAUAAAGUUGUGUCCGGAUCUGAUGAUAAAACAUGCAAAGUUUGGGAGCUGAGGAAUAUGAGAUCGGCUUUAACAACAAUUCGGCUCGAUUCGGCGGUUAAUCGAAUCUCAGUGUCAAAUGGUGGCAUCAUUGCCAUACCACAUGACAAUCGUCACAUUAGGCUGUUCGAUCUCAAUGGCCAAAGGCUUGCCCGCUUACCACGCACAAGUAGACAGGGUCAUCGUCGAAUGGUAUCUUCUGUUGCAUGGGCCGAAGAUAUGCCACUGAAUUUAUUCUCCAGUGGUUUCGAUCGAAGAGUUAUAGGAUGGUCAAUAAGUCUCUCGAAGGAAAAUCAAUAGACCUUAUAACAUCAACUUAACAAUUAAAUACAUUUUAUCAUACAUAUUGGAUUAGAAUGGAUACUCUAACAUUUAUUAUUAAUAAUUAUUAAUAUGAAACAAGAAAGAACACACAAAAUACGACUACAAUUCUAAGAUUUUAUUCACUCUAGUUCAUAAAAAAAAUCACAUGGAAAUUCUAUUUAAACAAAAAUGCCCUGUAUAAAAAAAGAAACAUAAAACA